UCCGCGUCAAACAAACUCCAACACCGUCUAAGAGCUCCACCAUCCAAAGAUCCAUCCUAAACGAUCCAGUGACAAAAUCCGCAACGCAACGCAACGAAACGAACCGAGAAACGGAUAUAAACGAAAACAAACUCCCUGUAAAAUGCAGUCCAGUUGUGUGCUAGUGAUAGUCUUGGGCUUAGCCGCCUUGGUGGCGGCUCGUCCGGAGCCACCACGUGACUCGUACAGUGCCCCACCGUCGAGCAGCUACCAGCCGAGUGGACCCAGCGGCGGCUAUGGAGCACCUGCGCCACAAUACGGACCACCGCAGCAGCCGCCAGUGGUGCAUAAGCAUGUGUACGUCCAUGUGCCACCACCAGAGCCAGAGUACCAGGCACCCAGGAAACCUCUGUACGUGCCACCACCACAGAAGCACUACAAGAUUGUGUUCAUCAAGGCGCCAUCCGCGCCCGCACCCACUGCGCCCAUCAUUCCGCAAUACCCACAGAACGAGGAGAAGACACUCGUCUACGUUCUGGUGAAGAAGCCCGAGGAGCAGCCCGAGAUCAUCAUCCCAACGCCGGCGCCCACACAGCCCAGCAAGCCGGAGGUGUACUUCAUCCGCUACAAGACCCAGAAGGAGGAGACCGGACCCUAUCCCAACAGUGUGGCGCCUCCAGCACCCGAGUACGGUGCCCCGGCUGGACCACCAGCACCAUCCGCUCCCAGCAGCUCCUAUGGCGCACCAUCGCACUAAGGGGAACACUCAACAUACCGCACAAGCCGAAUCUCAACCCCAGCUCAUGGCAAUCCCAUUACACCAUAUCUAUAAUAUUUUUGCUCUGGAAAUCUCGAGGAACUCUCGAGACUAUAACGUGUGACAAAGUUUACUUGCAAACAACGAAGGGACUCCCCCCAUUCCAUCCUCUGUUCUCAGCCCUUUUCUUGUUUGUUUCUUGUGUAAUUUUUUACCUCUGAAGUUGUUUCUUAACACCUAGAUAUGUACGAGAACAUUUCCCAUCUAGGCUGUUUGUUUCAAAUUGUUUGUUUAGUCUUAAGUGUUUUAGGUCUUUAAG